AUGGGCUUGCCGCACUACGUCAGAGUCGGUGCCGCCGAAUCAGACGAGUCGACGUCGACCCUUGUCGACUUACCAGCCUCUCGAGGUGGGGCAUGGUUGCGCUUGUACGGCGGAUGGGUGCUUGCAGGGGUAGUCUGUCUGCUCUGGGCUCUGGCUCCUCGAGGACAUGCUGCGAAGGCGGAGGAGUGUUUUGACCCGUUCACCGCGCCGGGAUACAUCUGGCGACCGGAAAACGGCUCAAUCCGACACAUCCCUUACCCUCCCUCCGCUUCCCUCGCCGACCUGACGACCUUCCGACCUAUCGGAGAGUUAGCAGACCCACCUGAAGAUGCUUUACGACUAGCCGCGCCAGCGUAUGGCGACUUGCUCGAGCGGGAAGAGAGGGCGGAUCUGCCGGAGUUGCGGUGGAUGCGGGACAAGACGAUUGUCUUCAUCGGCGACUCACACGACCGGCAGAACCUCGAGAUCUUCUGUGACCGCCUGCACUCGACAGGCGCAGUCCUCUCCGUCCCACAUUAUCACAUCAAGGCUCACUGUCGCCUGCCCGAUCUCAACCUCACCCUCGCGCAAUGGUUCCACUUCGGCCUCGCUCCAGAAUCCGACUCUCUCCCGCCCGACGCAUGGAACAUCCCCUCAAUCCCGACCUCUCACGUGAAUGAGAAUCCUGCACCGUACUCGAUAGAAGGGAAAAUGAAGGAGUACUGGCUGUCGGACGUCGAGGAGAUUGGCAAGCCUGACUUGAUCGUGCUCAACUCGUUCUUCUGGGACCUCCGCUACUUCACCCUGCGAGCCAAGCACUUCAUCCCCUCUCCUUCCCCUUUGCACGCAACCGAACGCCCUCUCACCUACUCCGAACUCGCAUGGCACCGUUCGCGCGUACGCGACUUUGUCGACCUCGUGAGGGAGAAGUUUCCGGGCGUGCCGCUGAUGUGGAAGACGGGUCAAGAACGCGAGUCUAAUAGAGGGUACGGGAACGUCGCUGUCUACCAGCUCAAUCAGAGUUUGCGGGCGGUCUUGAACCGACUGAACAUCCCCGUCUUCGAUUGGGGUGCGUUGAUUACCGGCGAAUGGCAGUACAACGACGACCAGCACCUCAAGCCUGGUGCUCCUGCUAGACUGUGGGCGGACAUGGCGUUCUGGUACUUGAGAAGAGCGGUGAAUGGGUGUGAGUGUUGCAUAGAUCCGCCGCUCUCUUAG